GCGUUCCAUUUUAAAAAAGAAAGAUUACUAACGCCGACUCUCUCAAACUCUCUCAACCAAAAAAAUUCUCCGAUCAUCAUUCAAAUGGAGAGUACAGAUUCUUCCGGUGGUCCUCCGCCUCCGCCUCCGCAGCCAAAUCUACCUCCUGGAUUCAGGUUUCAUCCAACAGACGAAGAACUCGUAAUCCAUUACCUUAAACGCAAAGCUGAUUCUGUUCCUUUACCAGUCGCAAUCAUCGCCGACGUUAAUCUUUACAAAUUCGAUCCAUGGGAACUUCCCGCGAAAGCUUCGUUUGGAGAACAAGAAUGUGGUAAACCACCAAAAGGAGUUAAAUCAGAUUGGAUUAUGCAUGAAUAUCGAUUAACUGAUAAUAAACCUACUCAUAUUUGUGACUUCGGCAACAAGAAAAACUCUCUCAGGCUUGAUGAUUGGGUGUUGUGUCGAAUCUACAAGAAAAACAAUAAUAAUAAUGAUCCGACGGCUAUAUAUGAUGGUGGUGGCGGCGGAUACGGCGGUGGAAAUUACUCGAUGAAUCAUAACUUCGCAUCUGGAUCGAAGCAAGAGCAGUUAUUUCCACCGGUGAUGAUGAUGACGAGUAUAAAUCAAGAUUCUGGUAUUGGAUCGUCGUCGUCACCUAACAAGAGAUAUAACGGCGGCGGCGUUGGAGAUUGUUCGACUUCAUUGGCGGCGACGCCGUUAUUGCAGAACCAAGGUGGGAUUUACCAGUUGUCUGGUCUGAAUUGGUACUCUUGAAAUAAUUCGAAAAUUUUUCC